AUGGCAUCUUCGAGCCUGCGCACCUUGGCUGACCGAGUGGCUGUUGUGACCGCUUCGACAAAGGGGAUUGGAUUUGCUAUCGCGAGACGACUUGGCCUCGAUGGAGCUUCGGUGGUGGUCAGCAGCCGAAAAGAGAAAAACGUGGAGGAAGCCGUACUCGCGCUCCGGCUCGAGGGCAUCAACGUGAGCGGCGUCGUGGCGAAUGUCGGAAACAAAGACGACCGCAAGAAGCUCAUAGAUCACACCUUGGACAAGCACGGCAAGUUGAACAUUCUCGUCUCGAACGCGGCGGCCAACCCUCAUUAUGGGGAUUUGAUGUCGAUCAGCGAUUCACAGUGGGACAAGCUGAUGCAGGUCAAUGUAACGUCUGCGUUUCAACUUGCGCAAGAAGCCAUCCCGCACCUAGAAGCCUCGGGACAAGGGAAUCUCGUGUUCGUCGCGUCGGUGGCCGGCUUCAGCCCAAUCGAAGGACUCGGCGCCUACUCCAUCAUGAAAUCGGCGCUGAUCGGGCUGAACAAGAACCUGGCUCUUGCCGUCGCCCAUCGCAACAUCAGGGUGAAUGCCAUCGCUCCCGGCAUCAUCCGAACCGAUUUUUCUAAAGUCCUCUAUGAGGAUCCGGCGGUGCACUGCGACACGACGAAGGCAAUCCCAUUGGGAAGGAUUGGCGAAGCGGACGAGGCAGCAUCUGCCGUAUCAUUCUUGGUCUCUGACGAGUCAGCCUACCUCACCGGCGAGACGAUCAGCGUGAACGGCGGGAUGCAGUCACGCAUG